UUAAUAAGAAAAUAGGACAACGCGUACCGAAAGUUAGAAGCGUUGGUUUUGAGCGAAGCCGAGAACUAUAUCGGCAGCCAGAAGAAGACCGAUUCAUAAACAGUAUUCGAGAUAAUUUCUUUCUUCUUCUUUCCGUCUCCCAGGAUUAGUUUGUUCUGCUCCUUCGUCGGUUCGAGAAUCAGGGUUUUGGAUCUACUUCGGGAUGUUUAGGUUUUGGGGAUCACCAGACAGACCAUCUCAGCCACGCCCCCAGGAUGGUUCUACUUCUACACAAUCAUGGUACCCUCCAUCUGUGGUGACCUCACCCACUUCUUCUAGGCCUGCAACACCAAGUGGCACUUCCUCAAGCAGCUAUGGUUCACAGAGGCCUGCAGAAAGAUUGCAGUCUCCUUCACAUGUGUCUCCCACUGAAGCUGCAGGAGUUAUCACUCAUUUGAAGGACAAAAGUGCUGAUGAGCUACGAAAGCUUUUAUCUGACAAAGAUGCUUACCAGCAAUUUUUACUUUCGCUUGAUCAGGUCAAAAUUCAAAACAACUUGAAGGAUGAACUUUGUAAGGAGACUACACAGCUUGCAGAGGAAAAUCUGCAAAAGGAACCGCGUAUUAUGGAACUUAAAAAUCAGUGUAGAAUAAUUCGGACAACUGAGUUAGCCACUGCUCAAGAGAAACUAAAUGAACUUGAGAAGCAGAAAGAACAAGCAUUGAAGUUCAGUUCUCCAGCUUCCCGUCUUCAACAGCUUCAAGCUCAAAAUAAUGAUAAUGAUGAUGAUGAUGAUUAUAAUAAUAAUGCUGGGGUUCAUGGAUAUGGUAAAGCUUGUACGAUGGUUUUUGCAGAGGCUAUGAGUAGGACAGAAGAGGAAUCUGAAAAUCUGCACCAGCAACUCCUUGAUAGAGAAAUUGACCUUGGAACUUUCCUGCAGAAAUACAAGAAGCUUCGUACUAAUUACCACAAGAGAGCUCUCGUGCAUCUUGCUGCUAGAACAUCAAGUGUAUGAGAGCCACGUUUGGGACAUGCAUACUUGGUAGGAAGCUUCUUAUUUGCUCGAGGAAAUUGAUGUGUGCGCAUUUGUUUGUGGGUUUAUUGUUUGCCCAUAUAGAACUCAUCCAUUGGGGGUCCUUACCUAUCAUCCUCCCUUUUACUAUAACGAUUGGAAUACUGUCUUGGAUAAACGAGAAACGUUCAUCUGUAUAGAUUGGGACUUUUCAGUUUACUUGUAUCUAAUCUUUGGCAAUUUCGAGCUCAAACUUUCAUACCAAUUUUAGAAGAGUAACGGUGUUUUCUGUA